CUAUUCUUAGUAUUAUUAUUAUUAACAAUGCAAUACUAAUAAUAACCCUGGCAAUACGGUAUUUUAUUUAAGGCUUUUCUCCAAAAUUUUUGAGUUCUGAUGAUACAGUUAAGUCCAUUAGUCUGGACAGUCUGUUAUAUUAUGUUUGUUGUUUGCUGUUUACCAAAACGUAUAUUCUCAGCUAAUACUCUCAAACUGUCACAUAAGAUCAUCAGCUAUGUGUUAUAUGUUUUUUAGGCUGGUUUUUGUGAACUCCUUUACCUUCUUCUUGGUUGCUUUCACAAUAUGUUUAUCUGUCCUGUGGCAUGCCAUCUCAAAAUCUUUCGUUCAUUUGUCUGAAUAAGAGCACACAGUGCAGUACAUCAUUACACACUUCAGAAUUUAUCCAGGAAGUUUGCUUAAGACUGUCAUGGUCCCCAGAGAAUGAAACUUAUGACAGUGGUGAUCUUUGACUAUUCUGGUAGUCCCACCACUUGGCACACACCUUUUUUGUAAUUGUAAUUGAAAUAUCUUAACAGCUUUUAGGCGGAUGAGCAGGAAAUGUGGUAAAAGACAUCAAUGUCCCCAUCAGCACUUAGAUGACACUUUAGAGGUGUAGCAUUACCUGGAUUCAAGAAGACAUCUUAUCUUGCGUAUCAUGGCAUCUGGAUUUCAUUAUGGGGUGUAUUUCAACAGAUACAGAGAAAAUACCUCUGCACACAACUGGAUAGUCCUACAAUCAAUCAUAGCCAACUGGUUGUAAACAGGUGCAACUCCACAGCACUCAGGUGACAUAUGACUACACCGCUGUUACUCUUCUGCACAUAGCCAAACACAGUUUGAGUGUAAUGCCUUCACAGUGGAGCAGUUUUAGACAAAGUUUUCGCUACAAGAAAAUGAUGGAUAGGGAAGUUGGUGCUUUUAUGGUGCUUCGAGACAUCCAUAGCACCAUAAUUGGAGGAAACGUACGGGUCAAGAGUCAAGAUAGAGGUCAAGGUGGAGGAGUAAGGGUAGUGUAUGGAAGGACAGUUCAUUGGUGGAUUAUCAGCCCUACAUGAUAACCUGUUCAUCCAUAAUGAGAACCGAUAAGUAACAUACUAUCUACACAAUGCUUCUGCUUUUCAUGUAUGUUUACUGUAGUAUACAGUAUUAGACAUGUAUUACUUGUUAAGGUAAAGUAAUUUCACAUUGGGAAAAACAAUUAUUUUACAGACAACCGGGUGCUUGAUUACCUGGUGAAAGAAAUACUGAUCUCAAAAGUGUGUGGCAUACAUCACAAGGUCUGUUUAUGAUGGGAGUAGCUGUAGUCUGGUCACAGCAGCCUUAUCUGUGCUAUUUAUUUGCCUUUUUUUGUGUCACCAGCUUAGAUAGGCACUCCCCACACAUAGCAUCAAUUGGGGGCAGAAUUACCCAAUACCAGCCGGGAAUGCAUGCCAUUCAGUGCUUCCGAGACUAACCAGUUUGACAUAUAACACAAGGAAAACAAAAGAGAAGAUGAAACCAGUACAUUAUUUCAAACACAACAAAAGCUUGAGAAGAAUUUUGUCAGAGUGUUUUUGCUCUCACUCUGCUCCUACAGUCCAUAAAAUCCCAGUCUCGUUUGUAUCAACCGAGGGUGCCACAAACUCUUGGUAUAAGGUCAAAACGGGUUACCUAAUUUGAUCUUAUGAAACUUUUUGGGCAGGGGUGGAGAGACAAAGGCAGAGCAGUUCAGUCAUCACUACACAGUGACUCCUCCCACAUUAAGCAACACCUCCUUCUUGCUUCAGUUUACUCCCAUUGCUGUGUAGUUAGAUCACCCUCAGAGAGCAGUUCACUACAGACAGACACAGGUUGCUCUCAAAGCGAAACACAAUACAGGUGUGACUGCAUCUGAAUGAGGACGCCUUCUUCUGCCUGUUAAUCAUCUGCGUGGGGCAAACAAUUCUAGCACACUAACUGACAAAGCGUUGUCUGCCUUUAACUGCUUCUGCAUCUAUGGCAGCUUCCUUUUAAAAGCACUUUUGGACCUUCCAAGUUAAACCUGAUCAGUUUAAGUGAGCGUCUACAAAUGGCCAGCGAAAUGAACUUUGAUGAAAUUCUAAGUGUUAUUGGAGGCUUUGGGAAGUUCCAGAAGAUCUUGUAUAUAUGGAUCUGUCUACCUCAGAUCUUUCUGGCGUUUCAUAUGCUGGUCUCAGUCUUCACCGGGGCUGUUCCUACUCAUGUAUGCCGCUCCAUGUGGCCCUCAGCGGGUGCUCCAGCCUCGUUGAACUUUAGCCUUGUGACUGCAUCUGAUGGCCAACCUAAGUCGUCCUGUGAAGUCCCGUUAAACCACAGUGGUGCUCUAGCUCAUGUCGAUGGACUCCCUGCUGUGAGCUGCCAGGGGGGCUGGGAAUACAGCACAAAGACAUUCCAAAGCACCAUAGUAACUGAGUGGGACCUGGUUUGUGAAAAUGCCAGUCUGAACACUAUGGGCUCUUCCAUCUACAUGUUUGGCCUCCUUGUUGGAGCUGUUGUAUUUGGAAGCUUAGCUGAUAAAUAUGGUCGCAGGAUCAUCAUCCUCAUCAGCCUAGCUAUCCAGUCUGUGUUUGGGGUUGCAGCUGCCUUCGCCCCUAAUUUCUACAUCUACACGGCACUCCGCUUUAUGGUUGGAACCUCCAUCUCUGGCGUUAUCAUGAAUGUCUUUGUCGUAGGCACAGAAUGGACGGGAUCUAAACAGCGGAUGUUGGCUGGCAUAAUCACUGACUACUUCUUCGGCUUUGGCUACAUUCUUCUGGCUGGUGUGGCGUACCUCAUAAGAGACUGGCGUAAACUGCAGCUGGCUAUAUCCGCACCCGGCUUUCUCUUCAUCUUCUACAUCUGGGCUUUGCCAAAGUCUGCUCGCUGGUUAAUGGCCAAUGGCAGGAAAGAAGAGGCAUGGGAACUGAUCCGGAAGGCAGCACAAAUGAAUGGGAAGCCCAUCAAUAAAGACCUGGAGAUGUGUCAGGUCUGUAAAACUGAAGAGAAAACUGUGAUAAAGAAAAAGCACUCAUUCCUUGACCUUGUUCGAACCCCAAAUAUGAGGAAGCGAUCUCUUAUUAUCUUUUAUCUCUGGUUCGUCAAUGUACUUGUCUACUACGGCCUUUCCCUCAACAUAUCUGACUUCGGGAUGAACAUCUAUCUGACCCAGAUGAUCUUUGGUCUGGUAGAAAUGCCAGCUCGCACCAUUACCCUCUUCACCCUCAACCGCUCCCGAAAGUUCUCCCAACUAGCUUUCCUAACGGUGGGCGGAACUGCCUGCCUGUUGACCAUCUUCAUCCCCAGCGACUUGUCUGUCAUCAAAACGGUCCUUGCCAUGAUUGGGAAGUUCGGUAUCACAGCGUCUCUGUCCAUCAUUUAUGUCUAUUCAGCUGAGGUGUUCCCUACUGUUAUCAGACAAAAUGGGAUUGGUAUAGGCUCCAUGUGUGCUCGGACUGGGGGUGUCCUGGCUCCUAUGAUGUACCUUCUGAGACACAUCAGUCCUCAGGCUCCCAUGAUUCUGUGUGGCCUCUGUCCCCUCCUGGGUUCCGCCCUCACCCUGAUGCUACCUGAAACAGCCAGCAAGCCCCUGCCAGACACCAUUGAAGACAUUGAGCAAUCCAACAUCAGUGAGGAAGAUGGUGGUGUAAAGCCAAACCAUCUUUGACACUUUUCUUAGGAAACCAAGUGCUGGCAGCCACAAGAUGGAGUAAAACACAACCACGGCACCGGAGCAAGCCACAGCUCAUGAGACAAUAUUUUUUAGAUACAGGCAAAGGUCUGUGCCUCCAAGUCUGGAAGUCUUUCUCUUUAUGCGUAUACACAAUACUAAUAUUUUUUAACUUUCUAUUUUUGAUUUAUUUUUGCUUUCAUGCAAACUUGCUUUGCUUUUGUUUAAGUGUGUUAUCCUCAAGUUAUGUUGUUAUGUUAUGUUAUUGUGACGGUGAAAUUUAGAAAUUCAGUGUUAUAACCUACUCCACACGCCCAUGACCCAGUUCUAACGGUCUAUUAUUACAAGAAUUACAACAGUGGCUGUAUAAUGAAGGUAGAAAUUGCUGCUGUGCCACGUGUGCAGUUAGAAGACCCUUUGUAAGUAGUUACAGCAUUUACUUGAGUCAUACAUAUUUCAGGUCAUUCAUUUUUGUACACAUGAAUGUGAUUUUUGUAAAGGCUCAAACUGCUAGGAUUUUUUAAAAGCCUUUGAUUAAAGGCUUAAUGGUACAAUCUAAUAUAU